AAAAAACAUUUUGGAAGACAGGAGGACAGUCACGUGACCACCAUGCCCCCCUCCCAUUGGCUGCUCCGCGGAGAGUGGGCGUGUCCAAGGCAACGGCGUGGGUUCGCCUAUGUGACACAAUUAUAACAAUUUUAAUCUGGUGGCAAAAAGAAGUUUGAAAUGAUUUGAAGUAAUUCAUCGCCGUAAUUGUGCUCGAGUGACCAUUUAUGUAUGAAUCGCUUAUUUUCUGCAUCACAUGCAUGAUCUGAAGAAUGUGAGAAGAAGGAUCAACUCAUUUCCCGCAAGGAUAUACGGCUGAUUUAUUAUUAUUAUUAUUUUUUUUUCUUGGUCUACAUUUAAGGGAAAAGUUUGGGAAUAUUAGCGCGAUAAGUGUGGCCUUUCUGGAGCUUCGUUUCCUCGGUGCAAUUCCAUGCAAUCGUGCCGAGUGUCGCUCGCUGUAGCUGCCUGCGCUGCUGCUCGAAGCCUCGGCGCUGCUGGUGAUGAGGAAAAGAAAAUGGCGGCGGGAAAAGCGAGUGAGACCGAGGAGGACUUUCCCAGGCUGACAGCGCAGGAGAGGGACACUUUAGCUGGAAUUGACAGCUCACUGUUUGGAUUUCUGAGGCUUCAUGAAGAUGGCGCCAGAACGAAGGCCUUGCUUUUAAAGGCUGUUCGCUGCUAUGAAUCUCUGAUCCUGAAAGCUGAAGGAAAAGUCGACCCUGAGUUAUUCUGCCAGCUGGGUCACUUUAAUCUUCUGCUGGAGGAUUACUCGAAAGCAUUAUCGGCAUACCAGAGGUACUACAGUUUACAGUCAGACUACUGGAAGAAUGCUGCCUUUUUAUAUGGCCUUGGUAUGGUGUACUUCCAUUACAGUGCAUUUCAGUGGGGGAUUAAAGUAUUUCAGGAGGUGCUGUACAUUGAUCCCAGUUUCUCUCGAGCCAAGGAGAUUCACCUCCGCCUUGGGCUAAUGUUUAAGGUGAACACAGACUACGAGUCAAGCUUAAAGCACUUUCAGCUGGCUUUGAUCGACUCAAACCACUGCACAUUGUCCAAGGCUGAAAUUCAGUUCCAUAUUGCUCAUUUGUAUGAAAUACAGAAAAGAUACCGUGCGGCAAAGGAGGCUUAUGAAAGUCUCUUGCAGACAGAGAAUCUCCCUAACCAGGUGAAAGCAGCUACUUUACAACAGCUUGGCUGGAUGCAUCAUACAGUGGAGCAGCUGGGAGACCGAGCCAAUAAAGACAGCUACGCUAUACAGUGUCUCCAGAAAUCUCUCGAAGCUGACCCCAACUCUGGCCAGUCUUGGUAUUUUCUUGGAAGGUGCUACUCAAGUAUUGGGAAAGUGCAGGAUGCAUUCAUUUCUUACAGGCAGUCCAUAGACAAAUCUGAGGCCAGUGCAGACACUUGGUGCUCCAUAGGCGUGCUGUAUCAGCAGCAGAAUCAGCCCAUGGAUGCUCUUCAGGCAUACAUCUGUGCUGUGCAGUUGGACCACAGUCAUGCUGCAGCCUGGAUGGACCUGGGCACUCUCUAUGAGUCCUGCUAUCAGCCCCAAGAUGCCAUCAAGUGCUAUAUCAACGCCACACGCAGCAAAGGCUGCAGCAACAUUGCAGCAAUCACUGCCCGCAUCAAAUACCUGCAGGCUCAGUUGUGUAACCUUCAUCACACUAGUCUACAGAGUAAAAGUAAAAUGCUUCCUAGUAUUGAGGAAGCAUGGAGCCUCCCAAUCCCCGCAGAGCUUACCUCAAGACAGGGCGUCCAGAUCACAGCUCAGCAGGUAAGUAAACCUCACCCCAGUGCAGGAGGGCUUCUAAUGGAGGCACAUGGCUCUGGGCAGUCCCUGCCCCCCCACGUCAGUCCUGGUGGCCAAGAUGAUGAACAGUCAAACCCUGCUAAGAGGAAGAGGACUUCCAGUCCUGCUAAGAGUAUUGCAGCGUGGGGCAAUAACCCAGCCGAGCAACAAACUCCAAACUGGCACCUAUCACCACAAAAACUACAACUGUUGGAGCAGUUGCGGGCUAACAGAGCAAGUCUGAAGCCAGUGCAGUUGCAGAUAUUAGAACAGCUGGAAGCUCAGCUAUCAACAAUGCAGCUGCACCAGCAACAGAUGGGACAGAAUGCAGCUGGGCAGAUGCGGCCCCCCCUCUCCAACGGCCCCACACCUGCUCCUUCACUGCCCCACUCUGGCAGCCCUGUGCUUCGCCCCCCCUGCGCUUCUAAGCCACUGGCCAAUGGGCCACUCCCUCCUAGUCCCCAACCCUCCUCAGUUGGCAAUAAUCACACACCACGACCGGGAACCAAUGGAGACGUGCCUUACCUGCACUCUAAUGUACUACCUCACAACUGCACAAGCCUGGGUGAUGCGUGGAAGAGCCAGCAUCUUAGUACCACUCAGGGGCUUCAAAAAGGCCCAGGUUCACAUUGGGCAGGUCCCAAUGGGGAAAGGGCGCACUCUUCCAGUGGCUGGGCUGAUGGUGGUCCUCACAAUCAGGUCGGACAUUCCACUGCGACCCCUAGCAACUCUUCUGAGCCAGCCGUCAGUCACCCGUCCUCCCCAUCCCCCUCCUCGGCUUCUUUAUCAACUGCUUCCGCUCACACAGCUACCUCAGGCAUUCCCCUGACCAAAGAGAGUGAGCAUGCGCAGGGCAGCUGUGUCACUGCGGCCAACCACUGCAGCCCCAAGCACACAUCUGGCUCGCCAGCUACCCACUCCUCAGGCAAUCCACAGCUCUGUGCUCCACUGAUGGGCAAGGAGAGCCUGCCAGCAAGCUCCAAGCUUAACCAUGUGCACCUGGGUGCCAACUCAGCUGCUUCUUCACCCGCUUCUGCAUUGUCUGCCACUUCGUCUUCACCCCACAACAACGAGCCCACAGGUAGCUUUACCAAGCCUGACUCAGCCACAGUAAAUGGCAGUGCAGGAGGGGCAUGUUCUGAGGACUCUCAGAGCCCACUAAAGGCUGAGCCGCCUGAGGCAUAUCUCAAAGCCAGCCCUCUUCUCAGAAGCGUGCACUCAUCCUCCACUGUAUCCAUCUACCCAACUUCUUCAGACAUCCUCAAAGCAUGCAGAAAUCUUGGAAAGAAUGGUCUUUCAAACAACAGCAUCCUGCUGGAUAAGUGCCCUCCACCCCGCCUUCCUCCUCCUCCAUCACCCCCUCUGCCAAAGGACAAGCUCAACCCCCCCACACCCAGCAUUUACUUGGAGAAUAAGAGAGAUGCAUUCUUCCCUCCACUGCACCAGUUCUGCACCAACCCAUCCAACCCAGUCACUGUCAUCCGUGGCUUGGCAGGAGCUCUCAAAUUGGAUUUAGGUCUGUUUUCCACUAAGACUCUAGUGGAGGCUAACCCAGAGCACCUGGUGGAGGUGUGGACACAGCUGUGCCAGCCAGCUGAUGAAAACUGGGAUGCCAGCGGCACCAGAAAGCAGUGGCGAUGUGAGAGCAGCCGGUCCCUUACCACGAUUGCCAAGUAUGCCCAGUAUCAGGCUACAUCCUUCCAGGAGUCACUAAGGGAGGAGAAUGAAAAAAAGGGCCAAAAGGAACUCUCAGAUUCUGAAAUGUCAGCAUCAGAAAAUGUUACAAGAAGACGGAAAGGUCCUUUCAAGCAAAUUAAGUUUGGGACAAAUAUUGAUGUUUCGGAUGAGAAAAAGUGGAAGCUUCAGCUACAGGAGCUGAGUAAGCUGCCUGCAUUUGCUCGGGUGGUGUCUGCAGGGAACCUGCUCAGCCAUGUGGGCCAUACCAUCCUAGGCAUGAACACUGUCCAACUCUUCAUGAAGGUCCCUGGUAGCAGAACACCUGGUCAUCAAGAAAAUAACAAUUUCUGCUCUGUCAACAUCAACAUUGGGCCAGGCGACUGUGAGUGGUUUGCAGUGCCUGAGCCAUACUGGGGGGUAAUGAGUGAGUUCUGUGAAAAGAACAACGUCAAUUUCCUGAUGGGUUCAUGGUGGCCAAACCUGGAAGAUAUGUAUGAGGCCAAUGUUCCGGUGUACCGGUUUAUCCAGCGCCCUGGAGACCUGGUUUGGCUCAACACCGGCACAGUGCACUGGGUCCAGGCCAUCGGCUGGUGCAAUAACAUCUCCUGGAAUGUGGGCCCUCUGACUGCACAUCAGUACAAACUGGCUGUGGAACGGUACGAGUGGAACAAACUCCAGACUGUCAAGUCAGCAGUUCCUAUGGUGCAUCUCUCCUGGAACAUGGCAAGGAACAUCAAAGUGUCUGACCAUAAGCUCUUUGAGAUGAUCAAGUUCUGUUUGCUGCGGACACUCAAACAGUGUCAGAAGGUAAAGGAGGUGCUGCUAGCAGCAGGGAAGGAGACCAUAUGGCACGGAAGGAGCAGGGACGAACCUGCACGCUACUGCACCAUCUGUGAGGUGGAAGUUUUCAAUCUUCUCUUUGUGACGAAUGAGAGCUACUCCCGGAAGACAUUUGUGGUUCACUGCCAGGACUGUGCACGCAAAGGCAGCAGUGACCUGGAUGGUUUUGUGGUGCUAGAACAGUACAGGAUGGAGGACCUCAUGCAGGUCUAUGACCAGUUUUCAUUAGCUCCUCCCCUGCAUUCAUCUUCAUCUUGACAUUAAGACUCUUUAGCUGUGAACAAUAUCUCAUUACAGGAACUUAAAAAAAAAUGGACCAUUUCUGAUAUUCAGGAAAGUCAUGGCUGUGCGGUGCAUGGCUGGUAUCCAUAGUGACCGCCCAGGGCUGCCCGCUGAAGCAGCUGUGUGUGUCUAUGCAACAUGUUGUUAAAGUGCAGCACAUCAUGUUGGCCUACAGGGGGCGGUAGUGGAUGCACUUCCUCACAGGACUGCUCCCUCCUGUACAGCUCGGCUCUGCUUCUCCAGAGAAGUUAAAUCAAAACAUGGGGGAAAACUAUGGGGGAGAAUGUUUUGUAUAUAUUGUCUGAACAACUGGCAUAGUCACUUACAAGACUACUGACUUGAGAAAUUCCCCCCUCUUUUCCCUUUUUCUUUUCCUUUUUUGUAUUUUGUUAAUGAGCUGAUACACAAUCCUUUUUUCUUUGUGUCUAAAAGGUUGUCCCUUACAUGAGGGGCACUAGCCUAGCUGGUCUUUUUGUAUGAUAGAUAGCAAUUUUACCACUUCUUUGGAUGACAAAAUCUACAAAAAAAAAAAAAAAAAAAAAAAAAUUUGUAAUGUGAAGAUUUAGGUGAUAUAAUUUUUUUACUGCUUUUAUGUUUUAUUGGUCUCAUUAUUAUAAAAACCAUAUUCAAUAUUUUUGUUUAUGUAAGAAAAAGGAAAAUUAAUGAGGAAGCAAAAAUAUACCAGCCAAGUCACAAAGAAAAUGGAUUGCACAUAGACUAAGGAAUAAAGUUUAAAUUGUUAUUCCCCCCUAAACCCCCACCCCCGUUUCUAAUCUUGAUGUACAUUUUCACUAUUUAUAAAUGCAUAUUUAUUGCUUGAAGAUAUUUGUUGAUGGAAUGCUGUUAUUUUUCCCAGAGUACCUGCCAUUAAAUUUGAAGGAGUUUUGUCAUUUAAACUCUACUCCUGCAUUUUCUAUAUAAAAAUAAAACUGCUUAGCAAGCAUUGUACAGAAACCAUUAAAUUGUUUUAUUGUUUGAAGUUAUUGAGUUAUUAAAAGUUUGUAAUAUGUCCAUGCACAUGUUAUGUUAAUGGUUUACAAAGUCAUAUUUUACUGCUUUUGCCUUUGUCUUUGAUUUGCUUUUGGGCGUAUAAAAUAAUGCCUGAUUUGUU